CCGAGUUUCUUCUCCCGAGUCGCCAAUUGAUCUUUGAUUGACUUGAAACUUGCGCUUAUGCUUCAUUUUACAUGCUAGGACCCAAACUGUGACAAAUGAACACAACACAACAUAAAAUAGGCCAAAUUAUGAUAAAUACAAAGCUAAACAAUUAAGAAAUGAGGGGUACAAUAGGACAUUUCUGAUCAUGAUCAUCACGGGAGCUCUUCGUGACAACUUCUGUAUGCUCCACGACAUCCUCAUGAUUGACUUCUUCCUCCUCCUUCUCUGCUUGUAUUGUAGCAUAAAGGAUCUCUUGAGAAAACUGUGCACAAGCUUUCUCAAUGACCUCUAUGUACUUCUUUAUGCUCCGAAGGGUCUCCUCUGUUUCACGGGGAAAGGAGAAGUCAGUUUGGACAAUGGCAUGGAUAUGAGGAUCCAUCUAGGGGAAGGAUCUCUCAGGUACUCGAGCAAUCUACUCCACGAGAAGUCUCAAGUGAUAGUUUGGAUCUGGCUGUGGAGUGUAGCAUGGCUCUGCCGAAUGGCCCGUGAAGGUUGUGGCUAACUCAAGAUCUGAUGGCCCUUCUCGUUGUGGGAUGAAUUCUUCUUGAUAAGGAUAUUGUUCUAGAAAUACCCGGGGUCUGAUUGUUCUUUGUAGUAGGGGGGUGGUACUGAAACCCCACUCCAUAGUCUUCUCCUCCUUGGUUGCUCCAGGAAGUCUCGGGAUAAUACCACUCGGGUGGUGGUGGAUACCCCCAAUGAUUGGAGAAGUCAUGAGGAUCCAUUUCAUAUUUGCACCAACAAAAACAGAACACCCAAGUGAAAAGAAAGGGUGGAAAAGAAAAAGAAAAAUGCUAAAGUAACAAACUCCUGCCUUUCCUAAUAAUCUAGAAGUUCCCCGACAACGGCGCGAAAAACUUGACACACUACGACACAAUUCCUUACAAUGGCCAAGUGUAACCAAUGAAAGGGACUGCAGUAU